CUGUCCCUUAUUUGCCUCGUCGGAUAUUUUCCCAUUCUCCGCCGGUCACUGAGUUCUCCCUUUCGCCCCUCCGUCAUGGUCCAAUCCCGUCGGGAGUUCUUCUCUGGUCCUCUCUAUGGUUUGACCACCUCCCCCACCACCUCCUCUAGCUCCGCCAAUAUAGACCUUGCAUGGCCUUUUGGCAAGCUUGAAACUAUCGACCAUGAUGAUAUUCGUGAAACGGCUUACGAAAUCUUCUUUACGUCUUGUCGUUCGUCGCCGGGAUUCGGGGGUCGGAAUGCUUUGAUGUUUUAUUCAUCACAUGAGAAUCAGCAUAAUCAUCACGGGGAUGAAGGGAGUUCGGGUGGGCUAUCAUCACAAGGACCGGGUUCACCUAGUCGGCGGGCUAACCAUGGGGCGGUGAAUGCCCCUUCCAGUAGGGUUAAAAGGGCUUUGGGGUUGAAGAUGGUGAAAAGACCACAACAUACUAGGAGGAUGUCAAUGUCUUCUUUGAAUUUCAGCAGCGAUGGCGGUGGUGGGUCGUCUUCGCCAUCGUCGCCUGGUUCUAGCCCUGGUGUCGGUUCAGCGUUUUCGACGUUGCCGGGGAGGCCUCGACGACCUUUGACAUCGGCGGAGCUUAUGAGACAACAAAUGAGGGUGACAGAACAAAGUGAUAAUAGACUUAGGAAGACUCUCAUGAGAACCCUUGUUGGCCUAACAGGUAAGAAAUCAGACAAUAUCAUUCUUCCACUCGAGCUUAUUCGAUUUAUUAAACCAUCUGAAUUCAACGAUCCGCACGAGUACCACAUUUGGCAAAAGCGUCAACUCAAAAUCCUAGAAGCAGGCCUUCUCCUCUACCCAUCGGUUCCUAUCGAGAAAUCAAAUUCUUUAGUGACGUGUCUACGCGAGAUAAUCCGUUCCAGUGAUUUCAAGCCUAUAGACAUUAGCAAGAACUCUGACACGAUGAGAACAUUGAGCAAUACCGCCAUUUCUUUAGCUUGGCGAAGUACCAAUGGCUCUCCUAACAAUGUGCCCCAUUGGGUUGAUGGAUUCCCUUUCAACAUUCACCUCUACACUUGUCUCCUUCAGGCCAUAUUCGAUAUCAGGGACGAGACCCAGGUCCUUGACGAGGUCGAUGAAUUGCUAGAAUUGAUGAAAAAGACAUGGACUACGUUGGGGAUCAAUAGGCCGAUUCACAAUGCUUGUUUCACUUGGGUGCUUUUUCAACAAUAUGUUUCAACUAAUCAAACGGAGCCUGAUCUUCUUUAUGCCGCAUAUACUAUGUUGACAGAGGUGGCAAACGACGCUAAAAAGCCGGAUAGAGAGGCAUCGUAUGUGAAACUAUUGUCUUUAAUGUUGGAUUCAAUUCAAAAUUGGGCAGAGAAGAGGUUACUUAGCUACCAUGAUUAUUUCAACAAAGGAACUAUUAGUGGAAUUGAAAGUCUUUUGCCUUUGGCAUUAUCUUCAGCAAAGAUUUUAGGUGAAGAUGUUAAGAUCAUGGAAGGGGAAGGGGGUGAAAAUGGGGAUAUAAUGCUUGUGGAUUCAACCAGUGAUCGUGUAGAUCUUUACAUUCGAUCUUCUGUGAAAAAUGCAUUUGCAAAGAUGGUAGAAAAUGAAAAUGCCAAACUUGCAAAUACAGAAGAAAAGGAAGAACCUAGUGUAACUAUAUUAAAAUUCGCUAAAAAAACUGAGGUGUUGGCCGAGAAAGAGAAAGAGCUUUUUAGUCCUAUAUUGAAGAGAUGGCAUCCGGUUGCAACCGGAGUUGCGGUUGUCACACUACACCAAUGUUAUGGGGCACUGUUGAAGCAACAUUUGUCUGGGACACGUAUGUUGAACAGCGAAAUAGUUGGGGUACUACAAGGAGCUUCAAAACUAGAAAAGGUUUUGGUUCAGAUGGUGGUCGAAGACUCCGUAGAAUGUGAAGAUGGAGGAAAAGGAAUUAUUAGAGAAAUGUCGCCAUACGAGGUUGAUUCAAUCAUAUUGAAGCUUUUGAGACAAUGGAUAGAUGAAAGACUAAAAAAAGGGAAAGAUCUUCUUUCUAGAGCAAAAGAAACCGAAAAUUGGAAUCCCAAGUCCAAAUCCGAGCCAUAUGCGCAGUCCGCUGAGGAGCUACUGAAUUUGGCCAAGGAAAUGGUGAAAGAUUUCUUCGAAAUUCCAAUCGGAAUUACCAACGAUCUGAUUCUUGAUCUAGCUGAAGGUUUAGAGCAGCUCUUCCAAGAAUACACUACCUUUGUAGCAUCAUGUGGGUCAAAAAAGAGUUAUCUCCCUACACUUCCUCCUCUAACCAGAUGCAACCGAGACUCAAAAUUCUUCAAAAUCUGGAAAAAGGCCAGUCCUUGCAGUGUUGGAGUAGAACAUAUGCAUCGAAUUGUGAAUAUGGAUGGUCACCAUUCUCGCCCAUCGACAAGCCGUGGCACACAACGCCUUUACAUUCGACUCAAUACCUUGCACUAUCUAAUCACUAACCUCCCUUCUCUUGAUAAAGCUCUAGCCACCUCUCCUAAAGUUUCAACACAAAACAAUUCCAAUGGAAGAAGUGGACGCGGUGCUUCAUAUUCCUUCUUUGAAAAUGUUAAUGCAUCUAUUCAAUCUGCAUGUGAUCAUGUAUCAGAAGUUGCUGCUUACCGCCUUAUCUUCCUUGACUCCAAUUCUGUUUUCUACGAGAACCUUUACGUUGGUGACGUAGCCAAUUCAAGGAUUCGACCUGCAGUCAAAAUUCUAAAGCAGAACCUUACACUUCUUAAUGCAAUAGUCAUAGAUCGGGUCCAAGCAGUAGCAAUGAAAGAAGUCAUGAAAGCAUCAUUCGAAGCUUUCCUCAUGGUUUUGCUCGCUGGUGGACCAUCUAGGACCUUUAAUCGGUCCGAUCACGAGAUGAUCAAUGACGAUUUCGACAGUUUGAAAAGGGUAUUUUGUAAUUGCGGAGAAGGAUUGAUAUCUGAUGAUGUAGUCAAAAAGGAGGCUGAUACCAUUGAAGGGGUUAUAUCAUUGAUGUCUCUAUCCACCGAACAACUAACGGAAGAUCUCAGCAUUAUCACUUGUGAAACUAGUGGAAUAGGUCUUGUAGGCACGGGGCAAAAGCUACCUAUGCCACCAACAACAGGAAGGUGGGAUAGAUCCGAUCCAAACACAAUACUAAGAGUUUUGUGCCAUCGGAAUGAUCGAGUCGCGAAUCAAUUCCUAAAGAAGUCAUUUCAAUUGGCAAAAAGGAAAUGACAU